AUGUCCAUAGCAUUACGUCAUUCAAAACCAAAAUUACAUUUACUGGUUGAUCAAAAAAACGUAAAUUUCUGGCAAAUGCCAAAAAGUAGUAUAUUUAUCCAAGCACGUGACACACCUAAUCCAAACAGCAAAAAAUUCGUUCCUGACGUCGAAGUUUUAGGUCCUGGAAGAACUAAAGAAUUUUCUAAUGCAAAAGACGCAAAUUGCUCACCUCUCGCUAAAAUCUUGUUCGAUAUUAAAGGAGUAAAAUACGUGUUUUUCGGACCUGAUUUCAUCACCGUCAUCAAGACCGACGAUUCAAAAUGGCAAUUUUUAAAGCCUGAAAUUAUUUCCAGCAUGACCGACUUCUUUGCCAGUGGUUUAUCAAUUUUACCAAAACCUCAAGAUUCACCGGAUACAUUUAAUGGAGAGGACGACGAAGUGGUUCGAAAGAUCAAAGAAGUAAUCGAUACGAAAGUAAGGCCAAGGGCUCAAGAAGACGGCGGAGAUCUAGUUUUCAUGGGUUUUGAAAAUGGAAUCGUUAAAUUGAAAAUGCGAGGUACUUGUACGAGUUGCCCGAAUUCUGUCGAAACUUUGAAAAAUGGUGUGCAAAAUAUGCUGCAAUUUUACGUGCCGGAUGUCCUUGGUGUCGAACGAGUUGACGGCGAUGCCACCAAAACCCCGGUAGCUGAACUGGAUAUGCUCGAAAAAAAAAAAAUUGACAAAUAUAGUGUUGAAGGAAAAGCUUGA